AAGUUAGUGGUUGGUGCUGCGCUCGUCGUCGCGAUAACGAAAUUUGAACAAAAAACUCGCCAAAAGUUGUAUCCCUACGCUUAAAGUUGUCCUUGCGUGUUUUUAUUGAACUUUCACAGUUCAUUUUCAAUCAAAUAAACAAAUUAAUGAGCCGCGUGCUAUACAGUAGGUUCACAUUGACGCAUUUUGCAAGAUUGAAAGUAACGGGCAAAUCGAGUUCGAAUUAACGGUGUACACAGGAAAUUUGUUUUCGGAUCUUUUUUACCCCUCCUAACUUGGCCACAUACUGGAAUGACGAAAGCCAGUGUUCACCAACAACGAAAUUCAAUAAGCAGAAUGGCCUCCAGCAAAAGUGUAACCACCUUUGGCUGCCUUCUGGUCCUAAUUCACAUUUUGACACCCACUUCUGCCAAUGUCCACCCAGUGCUUACGCACAAGAAUGCCUCCUCCCUGCUGGGCCAGUUGGUCACCUCGAGCACACUGGUCUGGGAGAGCUACGAUCAGAAGGAUGCCACUCAGCUCUCGUUUGCAGUCGAGGGCGGAAAGUACAUCACGGAGGACGAGCAUUAUCCGAUUUAUGUUUGCCGAGUGACAAUCGACGGGGUCCACACCUCCGGCCAUACUGAGAAGAUCCUGCAGGCACACAAGUGUGUGGCGGCCCACUACAAGCAUGGAAAGUACGAUAACUUUGAUGUCCUGAUGAACAAGGGACACCUGGGCAAGGUCGGUUGGAAGCACUGGCGCAAGUUUGAUGCUGGCGUCCCCGUAGGUGCUAUUCGGAUUGGUGAUGACUCGUUCAUUGGCCGCCAUCGGGCCACUCAUCAACAAAGUUCGGAGGGUAUUGCAACCCAUUGGGGGGCAGACUUCAACCUGGGUCGCCUAGAUCCGCUUGGUCUUGGAAAAAUUAUGGUCAUUGAGAGCGAUCGUGAGAAGUACUACGACGAAGGCGAAGUACUAAUCGAGACGGAACCGUUCCGCUAUGAACUGAGGGACAUUAAGUUGGAUCGCUUACGCACCGAUCUGCGACAGAACCUAACCGAGCUGGCUACUGGUAAAUUGGAGAAUCUUGGCGACAAAUACAGCACAGUGGAGACAGUGAUGACCUACAGCUUCGACUAUAUUCAGUACUGGGGAUCCCAUGAAGGUGUGGCGCGUGGAUUGCCCACAAAAAUAUUCGAGAAGGAUAUCAUUAUCCCUGCGGAAAUCAACUGGGCUUUGAAAACGAGCGAGAAACGAUUCGAAAACAAGGCUGUUCAUACCAAGCUGUGGCCAGGAACAGCCAUCAAUGUGACGUUGCGUGGAACCUAUGUGACUCUGGAGGCGCCUUACACUGCCAAACUGUUCGCAUUUUAUUAUGGCAGCGAAGAUAGCGUUUCGCGGAAGAUAAGCGCAGAUGUUCGCAAAAGCUACUUGAAGGAAGUAAAGCUGGAGUUCAGCCCUGUCUACUGGAUUGAAAACGGUACGCUUGUUCCUACAACGACAACGACAACGACAUCCACUUCGACCACAACACAUGCAACCACCACCAGCACCAACGAACCAACACCGAUAAACGAGCCUCCACUGGUACAUGUGAAGCAUAUGGGUGAGAAGCACUCGGGGCCUGAUACACUGGAGAAAACAUUGCACGAUUCGCCGGGGAGCAAUGAGGUAAACACGCACGUGGCGCCUGAGAAUAUGUCCUCCAAUCCUGGCAAGGACGUGGCGCUGGCCGGCUUUGGUGUGAACGCAGCGGAAUCGAUUUCAAUUAGAGGAUCUGCUUUCUUGACGCUACUCCUCACGCUGUUCUUGAGUCUGUAGAUGGAAUUGAAAUCCGGACUAAGCGUAGCGUUUAAUUGUUGUUGUUGUACCUGUUGUACCCGUCUUUGAGAGUGAAUGGACAAGAGAAAUGAGAAAUGAAGAAAAUUAAAUAAGAGCGAACGAUUAAGGGACGAAGCUAGACAGAGAGAGAAAUAUGCGUAUAAGAAAAUUCGAAGGGAUCGGACAGCUGUUCGCAAAUGUGGAAAUGGGCAAAUGGAAAGCAAAAGUUGAUAUUUUUAUAAUUGUCCAAAGGCUUUUCCUUCUCCAUGAAAGUGGGUACCAGAAAUCCAAUUUAAAAUUAAAAUGUAUAACAAGAAACAAAACAUUCCUAAACGAAAUCCCUCACAAAAAGAAAUGAAUCAAAAGUUUAGAUUGUAGAUUACUUGUGUGAAGAAUACUUGAAACGUUUUAAGUUGCUUUGCAAAACAGAAUGUUUUAUGAUUUCGAAUGGCUUCUCAUUUAUUUAGUUUGCUAAGCGGUAAUCAAUAAAAAGUAGGAAAAGUAAUGACAAAUGAAUGGACAACUGUAUUAGCGGGAAUAUUAUAUUAUGCGUUUAAUAAUACGAUGUAUGUAUAGCCAUAUACAGCUUAAAUGUAAAACCUAUGUAAAACAUAAGUAUAUACCUACCGUGUAAGUUAAUCACUCCAAAUAUGUAUGUAAAUUAUUAACUAUUUCCUUGAAGCGAUCAACUUAAGUAUGGUUUGCUCUCUGAACAGCCUUAUCAUUUAAGUUUAUCCGCAAACUACGAUCGAUUCGGUUCAAUUUAUACCGAUAUACAUAAUCAUAAUGAGAACGGAUUCUAUUAUUUCAAAUUAAAAUAAAAAAGCUUGUACAUUUCAAUAGAAUG